AAAAGGAAAACUGGUCUCCUUCACCCUCAAAAAAUUUUCCCUUAUUCAGUUUUGGAUCCAGAUGUCAAUCAGUUCAUGAGUAUUAGAAUUUAUACAUUUCUGUUUUGCUUGGCUAUAAUAGAAAAAUUAAUUUGGAUGCUGGUUGAAUAUUGAUCGGAUGUAUUGAGCUUUAGCUCAAAUGACAUUUAUCCUGUAAGAAUGGGUGGAGGUUGCAAUCAUGGAUUCACAACCCACUGGGUGUGUAUUGUAACUUAACCAAUAAAAAAAUUUACAUCCGCAACUCUUUAGUAUAUUCACUUGUUAAUUUGCAUGAGUAUAAGAAAAAGAAUUCAAAAACUAUUAGUUUACAUAAAAUAACAUGGCUGGAAGGAUGAUAGGUUUGGGACAAAAGUUUAACUAGAAACUGGAUAUGCUUUAUUAUCUUUCUAUCUAAUGCAUUCGCAUUUGCAUUUGGUUAUUGCUUUUCUUGGGGACCUAGAACUUCCAUGUCAAUAUAUAUAAGCAAUUGUAGUUAUUGUUCCCUUAACUACAAGUGCAGUUUUUUUGCUCCCUUAAAUUGUCAAUAUAAGUGUUUUGAUUUGUUCAUUUGAUGGGAUCUAUAAUGCAGAAAUUGCUUAAUAUCAUUCAAAUUUCUUUCUAAUGGCCAAGAACCUAGUAGCUCAAUUGACAUCUCAUGUUUCUAACAAAGACAUUGAGGGCUCAAAUCCCCCUUCCCCAUUGUAAAUAUUGAAUUUUCAAAAAAGAAAAAAAAAAUUAUAAUGCUACAUGAAUAAUUAAUAUGUUAAGCGAAUUUACAAAAUUUCAACUGCCUCAAUAUAAAUUACUUUUUGUGGAGCUUCUUCAAUGUUAAAUAAUUACAAGGUGGUGCCUAAAAUUAUGAAAUGAGAAUAAUACCUUCAACAAAUCGAGUACUAUGUUGCAUAACAAGUAUCUACAAAUUUAAUGAAAUGGUUUCCUCUGAUGAUGGAAACUAGACUGCAAUAUUAAUGGAAGUGAGGAAAAAAUUCAAAGUAUUAAAUAAAUAAUGGGAAGAUGAAUAGAUUGAAUAGAUGGAUUAAUAAAGAUGCAGGAUGGUCAGUAGAGAGUAUUAAAAGUAUGUGAGGGAGAAAGAGGAGCUUUAUUUUUCAGAUUAAGCUAUAAUCAGAGAGAUGGUGCAUAGGGUAAUUCUUGUCACUAUUUAUCAUUCUGCCUAUCUCAUUGAUUGUAUUCUGACUAUUCUCCUUGUUUCUAUGUAUAGCUUUUGGUUUAUUUAUGCUUUAUUAUCACUUAUGUAGUUACACAGAUGCAGGGAUUAAGAGAAUUGUACGCCUCCUGAUUUCAAAAGGUGGCUAAGUGGAUGUGAUUUCUAAUCGUGGCACACCAUUACAUAAUGCGGCAACUCACGGCAGGAAAGAUUCUGUCAGAAUUUUGUUAGAAAACCAUGCCAAUCCAAAUGUAAUUUUCCAUGAUCAUUUACCUCCUUUGGUGAUGGCUAUCCAUGCGAAUUCAAUUGAGUGUGUUGAACUUUUGCUUCAGGCAGGAGCUGAUCCAAACAUAAGAAAGCAUGGAGUGACACCUCUAGAAAGUACUGCUUCUGAAGGGUUAACAGAAAUGAUCAAAUGCUUGUUGAAUGCUGGAGCUGAUCCCAAUGUUACCAGUUUUAUAUAUGGCAGGCCAACGUAUGCCUACUUUGGGGAAAAAAUGAUGUCCAGCAAAGCUACUGGCCGUUUCCCCCCUGAGAAAAUACCUUGUCCGACUUAUUUUCACUUCCAUUUACAUGGCUCUUAUUGCUGCGGCGGUGCCCUUUUUUGGGGACUUUGUGUCCUUCUGUGGCGCAAUUGGGUUCACUCCACUGGAUUUUGUCUUCCCUUCUGUAGCAUAUUUGAAAGCGGGAAGAAUGCCCAAGGACGCCAAAUGUCGUCUUUCAAUGCAGCUCCUUAAUUUUGCAAUAGCUACCUGGUUCUCAGUUGUUGCAGUGUUGGGUUGCAUUGGUGCAGUCAAGUUUAUCAUAGAAGAUAUCAAAACCUACAAGUUCUUUCACGAUAUGUAAGCAUUUACAUUGUUAUAACUUGUAAUUGUUUUGUAAUCAUUGUAUUCUCUUACAUUGUUGUAUAUCUAGAUGUUUUAUGUUUCAAUGAGUUAUGUAAUUCAAAAUAAAUAUCAUAAUUUCAAGAAUUAAGAGUGGAAGAGGAGGGGGG